AUGGCAGAGAAAGAUGGAGCUAAGCCUGUGAAAGCAUUCAGGUUCGACCCUUUUGAUGAAGAGCUCAUUACUGAUUAUCUGAAACGCAAGAUCAUGGGAGAGCAGCUUCCAUGCAACACUGUCAAGGACAGGGAGAUUUAUGGGCCCUCGUGUAGUCCGUGGCGUGUUUUCGAUCCUGAUGAUCAUGGUUCUUGGCUUAAAUCACCUCAUGUUAAGGCCAGUGAGAAGUUUAUGUAUGUGUUUGCCAGGUUAUCCAAGAUAUCAAGCAGUAAGGGUUCGAAAAAUACGUCGAAAAGGGCUGGUUGUGGGACUUGGGUAGGCAGGACUAAGAGGGAUAUGAUCAAGGAUGGUGAGGGUAAUUUGAUUGGGGAGAAGAGAUAUCUGGUUUUCGAGAUCAAUGAGGUUGAUUGUGGAGAAACAGGGGUGGGAUUUUAUAGUAUGCAUGAGUAUAGCUUGAGUGGAGUGAAUGAGGGUUUGGAUUGUGCGGAUACUACUGUUCUUUGUAGAGUUACUUAUGAUUCUGCUAAGAAAACCAAGGUUUCGCCAAAUUCUGGUGCCAGAGUUGCUGCUACUGUUUCAACAAGUUGUGGUGAAGGCCGAGAUGAAAAAGAAAUCCAGAGCAAGAAUCUGGAGGGAGCUAGCAGUGUGACUGCAGAAAUUCUGGCUGUGUCUGAUAGUGUUGUUGGGGAUCAGUUUGCAAUUGUUCAACUUGAUGAUGGUGUUCAAGGGUCAAAUGAUUUUGGUGAGGGUUUGAAUUUAGAUGAGCUUGGUAGUUUGGAUUUCUAUUUCAAUGAUCUUGAAUUCGACUCAGGCUGGAUCAGUGAAUGUCUGGAUUUCAGCCAGGAAGAGGAGCCAUAUCUGGAUGGCGCAAUCAAUCUUGGGAAAAGAAAUUUCCAAUGGGAGGAGAACUCGCACCAGGCUAAGAAGAUGUGCCUUGACAAUUUUUAUUAG